CAUCCUUAUCCAGUACUCACCCUCGAUCCAAACCAGCUCAAGCUCAUCAUUCGUGCUGAUGAAGGCGCGAUGGUUCGUGAUGCCGCGACUGGUGAACUUGUCGCCGUAGUUAUUCGCAACUUCUGCAAGGACGCCCCAGUCCUCGACUACGUGAAUUCGACGAUCACUGUAGCUUGCGACUCGAAGCGCGACAGCCGGGUUUGUAAGCAAGACCCGGGGACUCUUGUCCUUGCUGGAUAUUCGGCAGGAUCGCGCAGUGCACCAAUCUUUGAUUGGUGCCACAAUAUUGAGUUGACGAAGCCCUCGGCGGAGUUCAUACAGAGCCACGAGAUGGCAGUAUCCUCUUCCUUUGCAAUCUUCUACAACCUGGCGUGCGCCCAGCUCCCCGCCGAGCUUCUUGACGAUCUCCAUUCGUACCUCGAGACAAAUGGCUUCCCCCGCAUGGAUGCAAACGGGGCAAUCGGCACGAGCGAGGAUGGCCGCGGUGAGUACUAUGUGCAGAGGGGUGAGGAUACCAUUGUGUUCUGCCACGAGAAGCUUGCGCCACCAUCAGGUGUGAUGGGUGUCAACUACGCUCGACACAUGCACCGGGAGACUCACCCACACAAGUAUGCCUACUCGUGGACAACGGGCCGGACAGCUGAGGUUGGCGGACAUUUCUAUGUCUCAGAAUAUGGGAUCAAGAUCGAGCAGUCGGCAAACACGUUCAUUGCCUGGCAGCCACGCCUUAUGCAUGGCACCAGCCUCAUUGGGAAUGGGCCAAACUUCUCACCACCAUAUGCUCAGCAGGGCCUCAGCAUUGUCAGCAGUGCCCGGCUUGCCUCCAUUUGGCAGAAAUACAAGGGCAGUGGGUUGCCUCAGCAGGAAGCGGCAAAGAAAGCAGUGGCAGAAUAUGCAGCAGAUAUGGAGAAUGACUUGUUGUAA